GACUUGAGACACCGAUUGAUGAGGCGGAAGCACAAUUAGGAUGCGUGUCACAAAUUGUGGGUCGUAGACCUUUGUCUUGUUCCAUCCCCUUUCAGGUACUGUCCUGGAGCUUCCUAGAGAAGCGAUUCAAGCUUCACUCGUUGAGCAGUGCUCGGGUGUACGUAUCUGAAAGGGCCACGUACCGUUGGUUGCCCUCUGAAGUCUGUCGCCUGUUGCCCCGUGCUUGAGUAGUGAUGAGGGACGCUCAGAAUAGUCGUGAAGCUGGAGUUCACUUUUAGUUGUCCUCGAAUACAAAAGCAUCUCUGUGACCCGCUUGUAACAGAGUACCGAUACUUUCAACGCACUGUUACUUCCAAGUUCGCCGCUCUAUUCAAGUCUCAGAAAUCAAACGCCGUCUCACAGUUACACGCUCUUAAACACCCUUUCACAUCGCAUUCCUCCAGAUUCCCGAAAUCGAUUCCAGGACAAUGGCUCCCACAAUGAAGACAUCUCCCAAGACCCCUGGUGGCGGUGAAUCCCGCGAUGGAGGCAGUAAGUACUUAUCCGGUCGUCGACAACAAACUGUCAUCACUAACAUGCUUGAUAGGGAAGCCGUCGACUACCAACCAGCAACAUUAGCGACUGCGUUCCAGGGACUUCCCAAAACGACACUGUGUGCGACACCACGACGCUGCGCGUCAUACGUUUUUACUCGGACUCCAACUUUGUCUUUCGACAGCAACACGGCCAUUUCAACAUUACGAACUAUUACGCACUGCGAUCGACUUGUCUCGCAUUUCGGUUUUCGACACGAUCAGCACCUUGAAGUUCGCGCUAGGCUGGAGGUCGCUCAUUGCCGGGCGCAGCAUCCUGGGGGAACAUCAUCAACACGACGACAUCGACACCCAUUGGUACUCACCGACGGCGGGCUGUGUCCUCCGCAUCGCAGCCCCCAAAGCGGCUGUGCGCCCGGUCACGCUUUCACCGAAAAGUUCAGCCUAACAGGCAGCGAACUGGGGGGUUUCGACAAGGGACCACAUCCCGCCCUUCUGCCUGAAAGGCAGCCUCGAAAAUUGAUGUCUCGUAAUUCGGGUUCGGGCAAUGUGGCUAUGGCCCACUUGGUAGCCCUCUCGCGGUGGACGAAAGGAGUCACCAGCUCGUCCCCAAGGACUGUUGGACGAUGGAAAGGCGCGCUAGGCCAUGGCAGCCUAUCAAUCGCCUUAUUCAUCAGGCUUCAGCCAAUGUUUAUGGCCAUUUGGCAGCAGUGGCGCAGCAACAUCGUCCCUUCAUGCCCAGCAUUCAGUACAACGGAGGAAUUCAAUCGACUUCUGCGUCAUAAUCCAGGCAAGAAGGCAGUCGUUUGCCUGUGCCUGAGGUAA